AUGGCUACGCAACAGGGAAAUGUAUUACCCGUUAAAAAAAUAAAUUAUAUAUAUGUCAACGUACACGAUGCGCUAUUUGAUAAAUUCUAUCGUGUAAAAUGUUUAUGUGGUUAUCAGUUUGAAUUUCAAAUUGCUGUCACGUCAUUGACCACACCGUACGAGAAAGAUUUAACAUUAUUUGAAAAGACCGUGAAGGGUGACGCUAGUUUUUUACUUACGCGAGGUGUUGAAAGGAAACUUACGAUAUAUUUUGAUUCGAGUACACAUGUGAGAACGACUUUUCCGUGCUGGCAAUGUUGCGAGAUAAUCUAUUUACAUGUUGUGCGUAAUUCCUAAAUGUUAGUUUUAUUCGAGGAACAUUUGUACAACGACUGUGUCGUGUUUGAAUCUUAUUGUGGUUCGAUUGAUUCACAGGGUUCGUUUGUAUUUUCAGUACUUUACCGCGGAUUCGUAUUCAACGCUCAUGUUUAUUAUGACAGUUAUUUGACACACGUAGAUUUACACCGUAUAUCGGGGAGCGAUACGUACACGGACGCGUUGGGAGAGCACGUGGAUGCUGUUGUCGAUGCUUUUUGGCUAUAUUGUUAUCACGAAGUAAACGUACGAGAGAUUUUUGAUCCCGAAGAGACGAUUCGACGAAAAUUAUUUUCAAAACAUCGCAUUUAUUUGAGUGAUAUUCGAAUUUGGCGUGGAUUUUUCUUUACGACUCGCCGCAAUGCAGGCGCUAUUGGAUCAGACGCUAACCGUAGUACCUCCUACUAGACAAAUAGUAUUAAUUAACGAGGAAAAAUUUAUUACUCUUACUAAAUAUUUAGAUUUACACUGUUAUAAGUGCAUCACAGACUACAUGUGGUUUUUUUGCUUUAAGCUAACUAAUACAUUUAAAACCCUAACAUAUUGCAACAAUAAUUAUUUUAAAUGUUUUAUAGAACAUUUAGACGAUAAACGUGUGGUGAUUCUCGAACAUGAUGCACCUGAUUUUACAGAAACAUUUGUAGAUUUAUGUAAUAAUAAUACGUUGGCAAUGUACGUAGCGGUAUGUGUAAUAUUUACGGUAUAUAUCUUUUAGAUGAUUAUUAUUACUCAUUUACACAAACGCUGACUUUUAUUCGACUGUUGAAUAAAUGUGAAAAACCAUUGACAAUAGUACGUAGUCGUAAUCGUGACGCAUUUGCUAUAAGAUUAACAUGAUGACUGCUAUGUUAUAUAUUGAGGGACCUCAUCGAAAUAAAUAUGAUAAAUAUACGUUUAUGUAUCAAGAAAUGUUAUAUGAAUGUCAUCAAUAUUGGCGUGUUGAACGCGACGGCGCAGAUUUUAUUUUAUGGAUGCAUCAACGAGAUAAAGAAUUUUGUGUGAGAAUGCAUAUUCAUACGGGUAAAAUAUACGAUGCAUCGCAUCGACUACACGCGUAUAGUUUUUACGUAUCGACACGACGCGCGUAUCAAUAUCACUUGUAUAUGUUAUAUGCUUAUUGUAAGCAGAAUAAAGAUACGCGUUUCGUCCUAUUGAAGGAUAUGAUUCAAAAACAUUUUUUACGUCAGGGUGUCUAUUUGGAUAAGUCUGUUUUUCAAUUAAUUAUUUUUAUCCAUUCGUGUAAUACGUGGUGGGAGUAUGUUGACAAUCGCCAGCACGACGGGUUUUCGAACUGGUCGUUAAUCAAUUCGUUUUAAAAAAUGGCUUCUUCUACGGUUUUAUAUCGAGAAUCUUUGUACACGUGUAAUCAAUCUUGGUUUGUCGAGCGUCAGGGUGAUGAUUUUGUAUUAUGUAUAUAUUGGGGAAACAAGAAGUUUCGAACAACAAUACAUACAGUGUCUAGAAGUCGUACUCUUUUCGAUGUGUACACGAUUUAUAAUCAUCGUCGAUAUUUGUUUUUAUUAUACAACUAUUGCGAACGUCAUAAAAAUAUAUCCUUUAACGUGUUUAAAGAAACGAUUCGAGAACGUUUUUUACGCGCGGGUAUAUAUUUGCACGCGUCUGUUUUUCAAUUAGUUAUUUUCCUACAUACGUUCACAGUACGCUGGAACUAUUCUAUGUCUUUCGAGGGGGUUAUUACUCGCUAUAAUGACAACAUAUGUCGCACCUAUAAUUAAUACCGACAAAUGGUAUGCACACUAUAAGUUUGGUAGCGACGAAGAACUAGAACAAUUUAUACAUUUAUUAGAUGAUUUCGUGGGCGAAUACGUUUACCCCAAAGCUCGACACAUAUUAUUUCCUAACAAUGAGAAAACAGAUCUCGUGGAUGUCAUGUAUCAAGUGAUGGACCCCGUGUGGUUAAGUAAAGGUCUGGGUCAAUGA